GGAAUUUUCCAGUUAUUCCGAAGAAAAGUGCGUAUUUUCCAUUUAACUAACUGUUAACGAUGGCCAUCGAUACCAUUCAUCGGCCUGGUGCGUUGAAGCAGACUAACAAAUUGCAUAAGCAUGGAAAACAUGCUUCGAAACGGGAAUUGGAGCGUGUGGCGAAAGGAAAAGUGAGCUUGAAAUCGCUCACACGUCGACCUAAUCGUCAACAAUCGCGAGAUGAACGACGCCAACAGGCAGUUCAACUUCGCAAAAACAAACGGCAGGAAGCAAUUGCAUUGAAGCGAGCCAUCGGCGGUGCAUUGACAGCUCCAUUUCUAACCUGCGUGCUGUCUCUGAAUGAGAUGAUCGAUCCUAAUUCAGCCCUCGCACUCAUCGAGGGUAGCGAUCCAGAGGCAAGUGUUAUGAAGGUUUCAGAUCGCGUCCACUACAUGAAUUUACCCCGAUUCCGUCAACGGUUCUCAUUUGUCGUUCCGGAAACCGGUCAUGGACGUGAGUUGAAUGCCCUGGAUGCACUCAAAGUGUGCGAUUCUGUAGUACUGCUGCUGACCGCCGUCUCCGGUGAUUCGGACGAAGUGAUAGAUAAGGCAGGUGCUAAGCUGUUGAACAUGGCCCUAACCCAAGGCCUACCGACGCCUAUGGUCUGCCUAAUGGAUCUGGCUUCAAUAGGUCCUAAGAAAAGAAAUCAAAUGAGAGCUAACGUACAGAAAGUCGUCUCGAGUGUACUACCAGAUGAGAAAUUGAUGUUACUCGAUACAGUGAGCGAUGGUUUGAAUCUUCUUCGUCGAAUCGGAGGUCAAAAACGACGGAUUCUCCAUAAUAGAGCCAAUCGACCACAUCUGUUGGGGGAAAAAGUUGAAUUCUUACCAAACGCUACUGAAGCUAUGGGUACACUGAAAGUUACAGGGUUUCUACGUGGUGUACCAUUGUCCGUUAAUCAAUUGGUGCAUAUUCCUGGCCUGGGUGACUUCCAAUUAGAGUCUGUCGCUUCGCCAGCUGACCCGUAUCGAAUUCGCAAGCUAGAAGAUGGCGAAAUGUCCAAUAGCGAUGAACAAAGGGCUCCAUUGGUGGCUGACCCGAAACGCCAGACUAACUUGCAGCGGGAGAAUAUUCCUGAUGAGAUGGAUGCCGAACAGACAUGGCCAACGGAAGAGGAAAUUGCAGCUUCGCGGUCGGAUAAUAAAAAGAAGGUCGUGAAACGUGUACCUAAGGGAAUGAGCGAUUACCAAGCUACUUGGAUUCCUGACAUCGAGGAAGUUGACGAAGAUGAUGAUGAUGAAGAUGAUGAGGAUGAAGACGAGGAUGAACAGUACAUGUCCUGUGAGUCGGACUCCGAAAGUAAGGCUGGCGAACGCGCUGGUGAUAAUGAUCAAGAGUCUGACGAAAUAAGCUUGUCAGAAGACGGCCCGAUCAGUGCCGAUCGUUACGACAAGGAAAUGGAUAUGGAAGAGGAGCGAAGCACACUUGCCAAGAUUCAGGCAGCGAAGGUAGACGAAUAUUUUCCCGAUGAAAUCGACACACCCGCCGAUGUCACAGCACAGGAGCGUUUCCACAAAUAUCGUGGACUGGAAUCGUUCCGUACGUCCCCGUGGGAUGUAAAGGAAAAUCUUCCCUUCGAUUAUGCCCGAGUGUAUCAGUUCCAGAAUUUCGAUCACACAAAACGCCGCAUUAUUCGCGAGGCGCAGCAAAAGGAAGGAGACGACGUAGUUAUGCCUGGUUGGUACAUAAGAUUGCAUGUUAAGAAUGUGUCGCAAGAUCUGUGGAACGCCUACACAUCCAGUGGAAACGGCGAUCAAGUGAUCGUAUAUGGUCUGCUUCCUCACGAACACCAGAUGUCAGUAAUGAACGUAUGCCUGAAGCGUACCUCAAACUCGUCAGUUCCUAUUAAAUCGAAGGAACGGGUGAUCGUUCAGUGCGGUUACCGGCGAUUCAUCGUUAACCCGAUCUAUAGCCAGCACACGAACGGGGACAAGCACAAAUACGAACGGUUCUUCCGACCGGGCAUGACAGUGGUCGCUACUUUCUUUGCUCCGAUUCAAUUUCCGCAGGCCCCUGUAAUAUGCUUCCAUGAGAAUCCUGACACUUCUCUCUCGAUGGUUGCUUCUGGUAGCCUGAUAACCUGCAACCCAGACCGUGUCGUAUUGAAGCGAGUUGUGCUUAGUGGACACCCGUUCAAGAUCAAUCGCAAAUCGGCUACAAUUCGGUACAUGUUCUUCAAUCCGGAUGAUAUUGCGUAUUUCAAGCCAUGCAAGCUCCGCACUAAGCUGGGACGUGUUGGUCACAUCAAGGAAUCAUUGGGUACACAUGGCCAUAUGAAAUGUAUUUUCGACAGCCAGCUCAAAUCGCACGAUACGGCACUGCUAUACCUGUACAAGCGCGUCUAUCCGAAGUGGACGUACGAGGAUUGCAUCGUAACCUGUCCGGAGACGGGUGAAGAAUCGAGUGCUGCGAAGGGUGAACGCUCAGUAACCUUCAGCGCCAAGGUGGAAAUGAUGCAGGAGUAAACUGUACCCUAUGCAGUUUGAAAAAUAAGGUAAUGUUA